AUGAGCUGCGCCGGGGAGUGUGCAGGCGUGUCGUGUUGUGCAGGAAGUUUGGGGUCUCUGUGCUGCUGAGGGCACUUCAGGAACAGGCCAGUAUGGAUGCGACCCAGCACAUAGAGGACUCCUUCUGUGUAGAGGAGGAGGAGGAUGACGACACGGAUGAAGAGAAGGAAGAAGAAAAGAAAGAAAGAAAACCACUGGCUGCUCUGAAAGUGUUCAAAAACGAGCACAUUCCAGAAACAGAAGUGCCGCUGUAUCUAGGAGAGAAUGUUUUGGGUCGUGACCCCGCCUCCUGCUCCACUGCGUUACAGGCUCGCUCCAUAUCCAGCCGGCAUGCCGUCAUCUCCAUCUCUGUGUUCCGUGGGAAUCCCCGCCGCCCUGGUGAUGGUGAUGCUGUAGAAGCUCUUGUUUGGGAUCUGGGGAGUUUAAACGGCACCAGGAAGGGCCGAAUUAAACUCAGCCCUCAUGUACGGUACGCUCUGAGCGCGGGGGACAGCGUGGUGCUCGCCGACCUGCCCUGCCAGUACAUCAGCCUGAAGGACGCGGAGAGAACCACGGCCAUGACCACCAGCACAGUCGCAAACACAGCCGCAGAGAAAACCAAGAGUCCAGCAGCCGCCAGCAACGCCUCGGAUAAAGGAACGGAUAAAGGAAUGCAGAACGGAGGGAAGAGGGGAGCGUUCCCCCCUGUGCCGAUAUGGGCAGAUAAAGAGAAGAGCCUCCAGUCUCCUCAGACGACCCCCAGACCCCCCGAGAGGACUCUGGUACCCGAGUCUGACUCUGAAUCUGAUGGAGAGCGGGAUGGGAGGAGGCCCAGGAGAUUUCUGGUCUCAGAAUCGGCCUCCUCUGACCUUUCAAGCCCCACGUGUUCCACAUUCCUUACGCCUGCAAACAAAGUCAUUCCAGAGAGUGAGGAUGAAAGCUCCAUCACUCCGUCCUCAGCAGUGAUGGGCAGAUAUAUCAGUAAAGACGUCCUCAGUGAAGCUUCCUCAGGCUCUCCUAAACCUGCAGCGCUGAUCUUUAACAUGGACAGCGACACGGACGUGGAGGAAGAGGAGACGGAGGUGUCUAAAGAUGCUUCUGAACUUCUGAAACCUGCUGUCGUCCCUCAGCAGGCGGAGCCGGUUGAUCCAGCUGGUCUGAAUAUGGACAGUGAUACUGAUGUAGAGGAGGAGGAGGAGGAGGAGGAGAAGACGACCAAAGGUUCCAGGAGUCCAGAAGUUCCAUCCGUCUCUGAGCAGAAGAACUCAGCAGCUCCGGCUGGUUUUAACAUGGACAGCGAUACAGACGUAGAAGAAAAUGAACCUUUAGAAGCUAAAACCAGCUUUUCUUCUGAAAUCAAAGCUGUUAAAGAGACCGAGACUCCUUCAGAACUGCACAUGAACAGCGACACGGACCUGGAAGAGGAGGAUGCUCCUGUCUCCGCUCCUCCAGCCAAUCCUGCGGCAGAAUUCCACAUGGACAGCGACACCGAUGCAGAAGAAGACGUGGUGAUCCCAGCCAAGGAGAUGAAGAUAAUCUCAGAGAGCGAGACUGAUGAUGAAGAUCCGUUCCAACCUGGAAAAGCUGUGAAGAAGAUUUCAAACUUGAAAAAUGAAGAUUUUAAACCUCAACCGUGUAAAAACACUGAAACCGACAUGAAUGUAUCUCAUGAAAUUUCUCCUCAAAUCCAGCCUCCUCGUGAAAAAGAAGAACAGGAUGAGUUCAGAAUGGACAGUGAUACAGAUGUGGAGGAGGAAGAGAAGGAGGAGGAGAAGAAAGUGGAUGAGGGAGGAGAGAAGGGUGCAGAAACAGCUGCUGGGAUUACCCGGUCUUCUACACCGAGAGGAGCAGGUUUGUCAGAAGAAAUGGAAACCCAACCAUUUCUCAGUCCUUCUCAUCAAUUUAAACGACCAGCCCUCCCGUCUCUCCUCCAGUCCGCCGUCUCUCCCGGAGCAGGCAGUCAGGACAGUGAUGAUUUCACUGUGGCUGAGACUCAGUCCUUCGUGUGUGAUGCUCCUGCUGCAGACGCCACCCUGGAUGAGACACAGAGCUCCUCUGGAAAAGGUUCAUCCUUCCAGCUGGGUCUGUCUGACAGCAGCCAUCAACAGCCCGACACUGAAGAAACGCUGGCUGAGGACCCGGCAGAGGAGGACUGGGCCCUGCAGUCUACCCAGCUAUACGCUAAGGCACCAGGAAGCAGAGGAGCAAGUGCUGAAGUUGGGCAGAAGCAGCUUUACCUGCAGGCUACACAAGCGUAUGCGGCUGAGGUUCAUCAAGAGGAAGAGGAAGAAGAAACGCAGCCAUUGGUAUUCGCAACAGGAAGUGAUCACAUUACGAGAGCACUUGUGCAAACUAGUGCACAGGCAGAGGAGGAUCACGGGGAGAUGAUUGACUCGCAUCCUUCUACUGCAGAUACCCUGAUCCUCGUCAGGAGCCCAAAGCUGGAGGAGCCGACUCAACCUUACGCUGUGUUUACUGCACAAACUCUGCCACUUCAUGAUGAUGAUGAAGAGGAGGAGGAAGAUGAGGAGGAAGAGGAGGAAGUGCAAGUUCCCACUGUAGGAAGAGUGAUAAAGGCUCCUGAAGUUGAGGAAACGGAAACAAAGCACCUUGAGACGGAUGCUAACACUAGUGUUGCUAUUGCUGAAACCUUGCCCAUGGUUGAGGAUGAAGAUGAAGAGGAGGAACAUGAGGAAGAAUGUGAGGAAGAACCUCAGAAGGAAGCUACAUCUAGCAGGAGACCCAGUAGAGGAAUGAAGACUACUAAAUUUAAUGAAUCGAAACCCUUUGAGACGGAUGCUAACUUUAGUGUUGCUAUUGCUGAAACUCUACCCAUGGUUGAGGAUGACGAUGAAGAGGAGGAACACGAGGAAGAAGGUGAGGAAGAACCACAGAUUGAGGAUACCACAAGCAGGAGACUUCAUAGCCGCCGAAAGAAUGCUAAAAUUGAGAAAAAGCAGCCUCUUAAGCCUGUGGCUAGCACUAGUGUUGCUAUUGCUGAAACUCUGCCCAUGGUUGAGGAUGAGGAGGAAGAGGAAGAGGAAGAACGUGAGGAAGAACCUCAGAAUGAAGCUAAAUCUAGCAGGAGACCCAGAAGAGGAAUAAAGGCUUCUAAAUUUGAGGAAACGCAGCCUCUUGAGCUUGUAGCUAACAGCAAUGUUGCUAUUGCUGAAACUCUACCCAUGAUUGAGGAUGAGGAUGAUGAAGAGGAACAUGAGGAAGAACCACAGAUUGAGGAUACCUCUAGCAGGAAACCUCAAAGCCGCCGAAAGAAUGCUAAAAUUGAGGAAAUAACCCAAAAACCUUGUAAAAGAGGAGUGACUUCUAAAUCUGAGCCCACACAGCCUCUGGAGCUGGAUCCUAACAGCAGUGCUGCUAUUCCUGGAACUGAACCAGUGGGUGAGGAUGAUGAGGAUGAGGAGGAACAAGAGGAAGAGCAGCAAAUUGAACCUAAGAGACCUCGCCGAGGAAGACCGAGCGCUAAAACUGAGCCAAACCAGCCUCUUAAACCUCAUUCUAACACCCACAUUAACACUACUGACACAGAACCGAUGGAGGAAGAUGAGGAGAAACCUGAGGAAGAGCAGCAAGUUGAGCCCAGGAGAUCACGCCGGGGGAGACCAGGCACUAAAACUGGGCCUCAAAAGCCCAAAAAAGCUGAACAGGAGCCAAUAGAAGAGGAGCAGGAAGAACAGGAGGAAGAGAAAGAGGAGGAAGAAGAAGAACAGCGAGAAGAAUCGAGCAAGAAGAGCCUCCGAAAAGCUAAAGGAAGAGGAGCGACUGCUGGCAGGACCAGAGGAAAAAACGCCACAGAGAAGGAGGGAAAAAGAAAGAGAGGAAGAGCUGAGGAAGUGCCAGAGGAAGAGGAGGAGGACAGUGAAGAGGAGGAGGACAAAGAGCUGAAGACAAGAGGAAGAAAAAGCACGAGGCUUAAACCCAAAGAGAAGGAGAGACAAACGAGAGAGCAACAGAAACAAGAAGAGGAGAAAGAGAGAGAGAAAGAGGAGAAGGAGAGGAAGGAAAAAGAAGAAACUGAGAGAAAAGAGCAGGAAAGGAAGGAGGAGGAAGCAAAAGAGCAGCUAGAAAAGGAGAGGAAAGAAAGAGAGGAGCGUGAGAGACUAGAAAAAGAAGAGAAAGAAAGGUUGGAAAAGGAAAGAUUAGAAAAUGCAAAGAAAGAACAAGAUGAAAAGAAGAGAUUGGAAAAAGAAAUGAAGGAGAGACUGGAAAAGGAGAAGAAGGAAAGAGAAGAAAGAGAGAGAUUAGAAAAACAAAAGAGAGAAAGAGAAGAACAGGAAAGACUAGAAAAGGAAAGGAGGGAAAGAGAGGAAAAGGAGAGAUUAGAAAAAGAGAAGAGAGAAAGAGAAGAAAAGGAGAGAUUAGAAAAAGAGAAGAGAGAAAGAGAAGAAAAGGAGAGAUUAGAAAAUGAGAAAAGGGAAAGAGAAGAACAGGAAAGACUAGAAAAAGUAAAGAAAGAGAGAGAAAAACAGGAAAGACUUGAAAAGGAAAGGAGGGAAAGAGAAGAAAAGGAGAGAUUAGAAAAAGAGAAGAAAGAAAGAGAAGAAAAAGAGAGAUUGAAGAAGGAAAGAGAAGUGAAGGAAAGGUUGGAAAAAGAGAGACUAGAAAAGGAAAGAUUGGAAAAAGAGAAAAAGGAAAGAGAAGAACAGGAGAGACUACAAAAGGAAAGGAGAGAAAGAGAAGAAAAGGAAAGACUACAAAAGGAAAGAUUGGAAAAAGAGAAGAAGAAAAGGGAGGAAAAGGAAAUAUUGGAAAAUGAAAAGAGAGAACAAGAAGAAAAGAAGAGAUUGGAAAAGGAGAAAAAGGAAAAAGAAGAACAGGAAAGAAUGGAAAAAGAAGAAAAGGCAAAGAAAGAAAAAGAGGCAAAAGCUGGAAAGGGGCGUGUCCUUGGAAAGCGGAGAGCAGGGCUGGUUAAGAACGAAGAAGAAGAAGAAAAGGAGGAUGAAAAAACGAGUGGGCUGGAAAGAAGAAACAGGAAAGAAGAAACUGUGGUAGCUGCUAAAGAUGGAUGUGAAGAUGAGAAGAAUAAAAAGGCGGGGGAUGUUGAAGUGAAACCUGCCAGGGGAAGAAGAACCACCCGGAAGUCCACGGCGCCCCCUGCUGACGCGGAGGAACCGGAGUCUGACGACGUUCCGGCGAAGAGAACGCGCUCUCGCUCCAACUCCUCCAACUCAGUCAGCUCAGAACCGUCCCUGUCCUUCCUGGAGGAGCAGAGCAGAGCGCGAGGACGAGGCAGAGGGAGGAAACCAGCUGAAGAACCGAAAAGUAGAAGGACGACCAGAACGGCGCCAUCUGCUGAGCUGGAGGACACAAAGCAGGGCCCCAGCUCUCGAACCCGCUCCCGCUCCAACUCUGCAAGCUCUGAGAGAUCCAGCACCACUUCUGAAACUCCCAGCAAAACCCCAGGAAGGAGAGGGAGGAAGAGUGUGAAGGUGGAGAAGACAGAGACAGAGACACAAGCUGCUGGACAGGGCAGGGGACGAGGGGCCAAACGUCCCCCGACAGGAGACACCAAAGCAGAGGCAGCAGACGAGACAAUGUCCGUCAGUGAGGACAGUGCUGUAACUCAAACCCCCAGCAGAGGGCGCAAAAGGGGUGCAGAUACAUCAGCGCUGGCGGCAGAAAGUCCUCCACCCACUCCCAAAACACCUCGCCGAUCUGUAACCGGACAGAACCACAAGGUGCUGUUUACGGGGGUGGUGGAUGAGGAUGGGGAGAAGGUUCUGGCUCGGUUGGGAGGAGGUUUGGCGAAGGGUGUGGGCGAUAUGACUCACCUGGUGACGGAUAAAGUCCGCCGCACUGUAAAGUUCCUGUGUGCCGUGGCAAGAGGAGUGCCUAUCGUCACCACGGACUGGCUAACGAAGUGUGGUAAAGCCGGGACCUUCCUCUCUCCGAAUGAGUUCUUGGUGAAGGAUGUGGAGCAGGAGAAGAAAUUUAACUUCAGACUGCAGGAGUCUCUGAGAGCGGCCGGCCGUCAGCCUCUAUUACAGGGUUAUGAGGUUCAUGUGACGUCCUCUGUGAAGCCCGAGCCGUCUCAGAUGAAAGAAAUCAUCACCUGCUGUGGAGCUCGAUACCUUCCCAAGAUGCCCUCUGCUCAUAAGGCCCGGGUGGUGGUGGUGUCGUGUGAGGAGGACAGGGCUCUGUGCAGUAAGGCGGUCAGUGUGUCUGUGCCCGUGGUCAGUGCUGAGUUUCUGCUGACCGGUAUCCUGCAGCAGAAGGUGGAUCUACAGACGCAUGCGCUCCCAGCUUCCACCUCCACCUCCUCCAAACCCGCCUCCCGCAGGAGGUAGCCAGACGCUCCGGGGGCAGAUAGCGAUACACGUGGUCGUUAUUAACUGCUGAUAGACGGAGAAUCUGAUGCAGUUUCUUUCUGAUCACAAGAAAUAUUGAAUUUUUAUCCAUAUUAUUAUAUUAAGCUACUAUUGACUGUGAAGAGACUCUGGUGUUCUUUAAGCUAAACAUCAAAUAAACAUUUAUUAGAAAAAUGGAUAAUAUCUUGUCUUUUCUGAAUUAAAACUGGAGUAGCUUGAAUCAGUGAUGACCCUGUUGCACAAAUCAGAUCGGCUCCUGAGUGGAGCAACAGUCAUGGGCUACUUUCACAUUACCAAAAAUUAGCAAGUCAUCCUAAAAAAAACAAGUGAACUUUACAGGAAAACAAAGAAAGCUUCUUUUCUUACAUUUCAGGGCAUUUUUUUGAGCAGUUCUGUUGGUUCAUGAAAUUGUGGCACAAUAUAAAGAACCCCCAAAUUCACAUUAUGUCCAAAAGUAAAAAAAAACUAAAAAACAAAAAUAUAUAUGCAGCUCUGGAGAAAAUGAAGAGAGCACUUCAGUUUCUGAAUUAGUUUCUCUGAUUUUGCUAUUUAUAGGUUUCUGUUUGAGUAAAAUUCCAAAUAUAUUCCAAAAAUAUAGUCAUUUAGGGCAUAUAUUUGCAUUAAAGGAGAAAUGGAAGAAAACAAUAGCACAUAUUGAUAAAGUGUUAAGAGUUCAGAAAUCAAGAUUUGGUGAAAUAACCCUGGAUUUUAUUCACAUCAUGUUCUCCUCCUCCACCAGUCUUACACUCUGCUUUUGGAUAACUUUAUGCUGCUUUACUCCUGGUGCAAAAAUUCAAGCAGUUCAGUUUGGUGGUUUGAUGGUUUGUGAUCAUCCAUCUUCCUCUUGAUUAUAUUCCAGAGGUUUUUAAUUUUAUAAAACCAAAGAAACUCAUCAUUUUUAAGUGCUUUCUAAUUUUUUCCAGAGCUGUAUAAUGGGAAUGUUCGGACAAAAACAAAAAUAAAAAACUUUGGUGUCAUUGGUGUGGAAGUGUUAUUUUAUUUCAGUUUAGUAGUGUAUGGUACUGUGUGUAAUGACUCUAUAGUUCUCUGUAGAGUAACUCUCAGUUUCUGCUGCAUCUUUUGUUUUAAAUGGAAGGCUGGUCAUAUACUGUAUAAAAUAAACGUCUUAUUUUGUUUCUCAGUGAUUUAUUACUAGUUAAACCUGAAUGAGGAUGAAUAACUGAAUGAAGGUUUUCAGGUUUAUAUGAGUGUGAUUCCCUAAACUAACCAUAAACAACUUAUUGUGGAACUCUGGGCAGCUGGAAAGAAGACAAUAAACAAUUAAGAAUUCACUUAUAUCUGAAUAAAAUGCUGUUUUCUGAUUUUA